AUGAUAUCGGGCUCCGAGACUCAGCAACUUUCAUGGCAUCCAUACGAUUCGAGCUCGCCGGAGCCACGUACGUGCCCUUACUUGGGCAAAUUUACGGUGACGGGGGUGAACCGGAAUCAGCGGAACAUCCGUGAAAGCCGGAGGAACCAGCACCAGGAGGGCGUGAAGCGUGACAGAGAAAAAGUUCGACACGCCCAGGAACGAACCCAGGAAGAUCGACGCGGCCGGAAGCUCGACUUCGACGUGGAGAAACGCCGGGCGAACAACGAGUACCUCGUCCACGAACGAAUGGGCAGGCGUGCCAGAUCGAACCGCAGUAACAGAAAUCAUCGCGAUCACAGCGUCGAGGAGGUGCCCGCCAAGCAAACUUUGGACAUCGGGGACCUGCUGCGCGAUCGCGCCAGAUCGAAGAUCAGAAGAGGAUCGGAAGACCAACGAUCGGCCGAGAGUGCGUCGAGGUCGAAGCUCAGACGAGCUUCGCACGAGCUCGCCAAACGUUCGGCGGGCGUCCAGCGGCGAACGAGCGACAGAUCGAAAAGAAACCCGAAGACGGAGGACUUCCGGAUGGACGCGGACGAUUUCACGCGGAUCAGGCAAUUCUGGGCGACCGAUUUCGACGAUCCGGAUGGCUCGAGCAUGCUCGAGGUACAGGAAGAUUAUUUCGGCGACUAUCCGGACACCGCCGAUCUGCCAAAGAAGAGGUCGGGCAGAGAAAUGACGAGAACGAGGAGGAACGUCGGAGAGCUGGAUUCUGGCAGAGAUUCGUUCGAGAGGAGAGAGAAGAGGGAGGAAGAUGUCUCUAGAUGCAGCUCCGAAGUCACCACAAUAACCAUCGGCUGUUCCACCGCCGACAGAAUGGAAUUUCAGACGGACUGCGUCGAAGACAACGCGAUCGCUUACUCCUGUCACGGUAGGUGGUUCGACGCGGAGGGCACCCAGUUUGUGAUCGCCACCCAACUGGCGCCUGGCACGAGCUGGUCCAGCGAGAACAACAGGCCCCAACCGUACAGGAACAGUCGAAGAUUGUGCUUCAUGUACAAAGAAAGCGGCGGAGUUGUCAGUUUGACUGCCAGCGAGGUGGCCUGCCAGAGGGGGAUCCCGCCGCCUCCGCCGAUGUUGGCCUUCAAUGCUACCAGUACCGGUCAAUGCAUGGAAGAGAACAGGGGCUUUGUUACACGAUCGACGUACCUGAUGAUCAUCAGCCUGACGGCGGUCGUCGCGAUAUACAGGUGAUUCUAAUCGAACGGACGACGAUCUCGCGACUGUUAAAACUCAACCGUUUGUAAUCGGCGUUACUGGACACCGAGUGUAGGUGACAAGACGAGGUGGUACAUGUGUAUAAAACAAAAAAAAAAUAUAUAUAUAUAUAUAUAUAUAACCGCCUUUGGCGUGAAAUACCGGACAGGAUCGGUCGAGCGUCCGAGCCAAUGGGAAACCGAGGAACCGAGGGAAAGAAAAGGCACAAUCGAUACUUUGGCUUCGAACGCUCGUGUCCGUAGCUCUUGCCAACAACCUCUCUGAUCCGUCGGGAGAAAUUCGUGCUCGCGCGACCACCCGGAAUUUUGCGAACGGAACGAAACGGCGAAGACAUCGGGGCUUCGUUCUAAAAAAGGAUAGUCCUUAAUCCGAUGCGACGGGGAACGAAAAAUAAAUAAAGUCGCCCCUAAUAAAGCGACAAGAGGCAAAACUCUGAUUUCUUCCGUAUGAGAGGUGCUCCUCCAGGACCAGCAGGAAAAUCAAGCAGAUAGGGGAAGAGGGUGAAAACAUCGUUCGAGUGGGAGACGGAUCCGACGAAGGCAAGAAAGAAGAAAGGAAGGAAGGAAAGAGUAUUAUUCCUCGAAGGAAUUUUUUUUUUUUCUCCACGAGGGAGAAAGAGGGAACCGCUUGUUCCUUUAGAGCGGCGCUAGAAAAGAGAGACAGAGAGAAAGAUAGAGGGGGAGGGGGUCGUGAAAAUCGAACGCGAAUUUCCCCUGGCCAGUAGGUUUUUUUACCGAUGUAGCUCAUAGGCACUAGCUAAUUAAAAAUCGGGUAAAACUAACAAAGUAAUUACACAAGUUUUUAUGGUUAGACCAUAUCACGGAGCGAGAUCACGGCGCACGAUCGAUCGGAUUCUUUGAGGUGGUGACGAACGGCGAGAACGGGAUCGAUUGCCAGCCCGGAACGACGUCGAUAGCGAGAGAAGGGCGACAUCGCGUUUUAGUAAGACGAUCGACCGGCAACCGGUCGUUAUGUUUUAAGGUAGAAACUACAUAGAGAAUAGUUUUAAUAAGGCGCGAGGGGAACAGGUUUACUCGGCAAAUAUUUUUUACACCGGAUUACUCCUUUCUUUCCACAAUCCUGCAGUGUGCUGUAAGUGGAUGUUGUGUAUUUUAUACUUGGCCAGCGUUCGUAGAAGAGAGUAGCGAAUGCACAAAGGGAAGCGGAAUGCGCCUGUAUCUCGAAACAUCGAGGAUCGUUGUUGUUGAAGUGCUAUCGACUUUAUAACCGUAGUAAAUGUACCGUAAUCACGUCUCGAGGACAAUUCGAAAAUUCUAAAUUGCAGAGAACGAACCUGCUGUUUUCCGAGUUUAAUUUCACCGGGAUAGCACGGAUAUUCCGUUCGAAGGGAACGGAAGGAUUCUUCGCCCGUCAACAAAUUUUCGGCCAAUCGAGAGAGCCCGCGGCGGGAUUCAAUUACCACACGAAAUAUUAGUAAGCGUAUUAAAGGUUGAUUGCACUGUAGCUGUUAUGUAAUAGCUACAAAGGGCUAUUAGCCGUGUUAUAGCCGAAUGUAUGCCGUAGCUAUUAUAUAAUAGUUAUAAUAGCCGCUAGCUGUAUUAAUAACCGACCGAAGGGGAAAAAAAACAUAUUUCAAAGCUUCCGAGUUAACUGCGUUAUUUUUCUAUUGUACGAUACAAAAAAAAAAAGAAGAAAAAAAAAUGGAAAAAAUGAAAAAAAAGAAGAAAGAAAAAACGCGUCGCUCGUCCACAAUGUUUCGAGAACCGGACACAACGAUCGAUGCUACGGAUUUAUUAACACAUGGAAUAUUAUUCGCCGAGUAAAGGGUUUCGUUCUGUUAGAGCGAUCGCGAAGAACAAGACGAGAUCGACACACUGGAUACACGUGCGCGGCGAAAGUGUCGAAGUGUUAACGAGAAGUAAUUCAACGCAAUACGAUCUAUCGGUGCGGUAGGAUCAUUUUUGGUAACGCCGAGAGAGUUUGAAAACCUGGAGAGGAACGCGAGAGACACGCGAGGAAAGAAUCAGGGUUCGCGGACGGUCUGGAAUUUUAUUUUUCUAGAAAAAAGACAAAAAAAAAAAAGACAAAAAAAAACAAAAAAAACAUACAAAUAAAACCGUGGAUCAUCCACGCGCGAGAAUAAUUUACAAUCGCGCCCGCUGAUAAUUCGCCGUAUCGGUCGCAUAUUAAACCCGAAACUAUUCGCAUAUAACUUGAACGUCAUAGACGGUCGCAAUGUAUUCUGCAUGGCUAAACAGAAAUGUCGCGCGCCCGAUGAUAAAUUUAAUACAAAUAUUUCUGGUAUUUCGAGAACAUCUCUAUUUCGACGAUUCAAUUAACUUCCAUCGCGUCGAGGCAAUGAACAAUGAUGGCCAAUUUCAAAGCGCUGCUAAAAUUUAUUUCAUCGCCGCUCGCGGAAUAUCAAUGUUCCCCGAACUGGCUGCGUUUCAACGUUUCCGGGCGAGUAAUCGAUUUCUACGGAUGUUACAGUUUUUCCUCUGUCAUUACCGAGCCGGAACCAGGUUACACGGCGCGCGCGAGGACGAGACACCGUUGUGAUGUACGAAAAUAAAAUCAUCGAAGGGCUGGAAAUUCAUUUCGGAACGAGGUUCCGAAUGAGCGGAAUAAGCGUCUCUCUCUCGCGGAAAUUUCACGAACGAUCGCCGCGGAGUGGGGAGGGGGGGGGGGGAGAACAUCGAAACGGGCCGAACGUGUAAAGUGUAAAAUUGUAACUGUGAUGGAUUUUCCGGUCCGUUAUACCGACCCGCAGUCGCGGGUACAGUCCCCUCCCUCUUGUCUCGCGCGCGUUUGUCCCGGAUUACUCGCCCCUCUUCCCAAGCGGCUCUGAUUCUUUCUCGUUACGAUCUUGGUCGUUUUUAUUUUUUAUUCCUUUUAUUAUUUUUUUUUUCUCUCUCUCUGUCGAGCGUUGACGGGUCUCGUGGAAAAAUUUCCUGCUGAUAAAGGACUACCGGUGGCAAUUAUUCAGGCGGUAGUUUAUCGGCGGACGGAAUUCGGGACCGGAUGGAAGAUGGAAACUGAUGGUAUUGGGAAUAUAACGCGAGACGGAUUGGCCACUUGUUCGACCAUUAUCAAACCGAUGGGAAAAGAAAAAAAGGAAAAGAAGAAAAAAGAAAGAAAACGGAGAGCUCGUUCGGAUAUUUUAUUAAGGAACUGGAAACUCGGCGUCACGUUGCCGGUGCGAAUCAAAAUGAAAUUCACCGUGACAAAUGUCGGAAGGAUCGGAAUAUCGCGCGUGAUUCACCGAUUCCGACGAGCUGCUGGCCCGCGUUCGCGCGCAAAACGGUAUCGCUUCCGGUAUACCGGACGAAUCUCGAGGAACAGUCAGGUUUAUUUAAAUGUCCGAAGACGGGGGGAUUUUUCCGUGGACCCGACGGCGCGCAUGUUAACGUAAGCAAUAAGCAAUAAAGUCGCGCAGCGGCUCGACCGUGUACACGAGGGAUGUUGCGUUUCACGGGGAUGAAGCUGUGCCGGAGGAAAUCGCGACGUUGUGCCAGAGAUGUUCUAUUAUAUUGGUUUGUCCAAUCGGAUUUUCGCGACGGCGAACGGAAAAAAAAAAGGAAAAAAAGAAAAAGAAAAAAUGUAGAGAAAAAUGAGAGACGCGAGUGGAUACGGACCGAUCGAUCGCGAGGUAGAACGCUACGAUAUUAUUGUAACUAAUAUAGAGUCUAUAUUAUAUUAUUGUACAAGCAUCUUUGUAAUAAUUAACCCGAACCGAGUGACGAGAGGAAACGAAAGGGGGAUAAUACGAGCAAUGAGGCGCGAUAGAUGAAUACGCAACAAUAGACAAACGGAUACUGAACAAAGUGAAAAAAAAGUGAAAAUAAAAACGAACAAAAUAAAAAAAAAAAAAAUGAAAGGAACGAAGGUGAAUAGGGAGAAAGAGAGUGAAACAUAAGAGAAGCCAAUCGCUAUUUUACCACUUUUCCAAUCGCGGUAAACGUAGUUUUUACGCCGUUAAACUUUUUUCCUUCGUGUUCAUUUCUACGUCGCGCACGAGAGCGAGCCUCUGAUCCCUGAAAAAUUCCGCAUUUCGUAAAUACAUCACUUGCCACGCAGAUUCCAAUAUCCUAAGUGCGUGUCUUUUAUUCCUUUCAUUCGUUCGCGCGUUAUUGAGAGAAUCUGCUCUCCCUAAUCUCGAAAUGAAACAAGAAUAUUUUGGAACGUCGUGUGGUCCGCGUCUCAAAGGCUCAGGGUACGAAAAGGAAAAAAGAAAAAAAAAAACAUUCUUUUAGAAACGAGCAAAGCAGCACGUAACUACGCAGGUGGGGGGAGGGGGCAGGGGGGAGGGGACCGUCAUCGUUGCCGACGUGCUUUUUCGUCGACGAAGGAAGGAAAUAUCGGAGCGUGGAAGAAAAUGCUCGCGCGACAUGCGGAAAAAUGCGGUGGAUCAAAGGCUCCUCUCUCAGAGGCGUUCAUUUAAUCGAGUGAAAGACGCUCUCCUUUUCAGGGUUCUCGGAAGAGAGAAAGAUCGAUCGACUUUCGUUAGGCUUCUCGGCGAAGUACCUUCCCGACAAGUUACUUACCGUCGUUGCGCACAGAAAAUCGCGGAUUAACGAGCCACGAGGGCGUCUUUCUCCCCUUUCCCCCCGUUUCGUUCACCGCUUUAUUUUUCCACGACUUUUUGUUCGUUUCCUCACCGGACGAGUAGGAUACUUAGUGGUUAGGACUUUUAAACGAUUAGCACGUUAGAUGCCGUACUGUACCUAAGAAGACGCAGCGUAUUUAGCAUUAACCAUAAGGUGAAAAAAAAAAAAAAAACAGAACAUAGCGAUUAAGGAUUACUCUAGCUUCAUAGGGAUAAUAAGCUCAUUGUGACAGCAAUCAGAGGUGCCCCGCGGUCGAAAGACAACGCGAACGAAGACAACCAAGUUUCCUUUCCCCAAGCAUGUUUUUCGAUCGACCAUCUCGCGUCUGUCGCGCGUGCACUUCUUGCGAAUAUAGUCUCGAAUCCCAAUUCCGUCUGGAGCGUGCGUGAAAGAUGUUUCGAAUCGAUAAGAACGAGUCAAAGAACGAGAGAGAGAGGAGUGAGCAGGGGCGCGGCAACGACGUCUAUUAACCUUUAACCGGUACCAUUGGAAGUCACAAUCAAUUUACGCUUUUUCGUUACUUUAUUUUGGAAUUUUCAUUUCAAUUUAAUUUCACUGCCACUCUUUAUCGGGGUGGGUGUGAAAUACGAACGUCUGAAAUUUUAAUAACCCAACAUAAAUUUACAAAUUGACGUAAUUCUGAUAGAAACGAUUGCAGGCGUCCAUUAUCCGACGAUACCAUUCGAGGAUUGAUCGAAGGUAUCGAAUCCGCUCGACUGCUCCGUUUACAUAUCCGAAUUUUCGACAGCUCGAGUUCAGGCUACUUCCGUUCCAUAUUUGCGCUACGGUUAUCAUACUGAAAGUCAAACAUCACUUCCCGACGAAGUAUCGAGACGAUGGUAGGUUCGAGGCGCAGAACCAUCGACCGAUCGAAAUUUUACAAGUUCCGACUUCUGGCCGCAAAUUACCGAUUCAACGACCAAUCAGUAUUACGCGAGUUCGGACGGAACCGUAGAGACUCGGCGAGAAAAGGAAAAAAAAAAAAAAAAAAAAAAAGAAAACGAAGGUUCAGCCGAAUCGAUAACGCCGGUUAUUUGUAACGCGAGUGUAAAAGGCAAAUGUCCGCGGACAACGGUUAGAAGUUUGCAGAAGGUUGGACGACGGAAAGAGAGAGAGGUCUCAUCACGGAUCAUCGUCGUCGACGUCCCGACGUUUUAUUAUUUUCGAUUUGCCCGACACAAACAACGUCGAGGGAUUUGAUAAUUAUCGGAGCAUCCCCAAACAUCGUUACUGACCGACCGCCUAGGUUCGCGCCACCCAGCCUCUCGUCAAACAUUAUGCGCUCCGCUUAAUGAGAUUGAUGCAAUCGGCCGACGCAUUUAAUCCAGUUAAUUUACAUUGGGUCCUAAUAUCGCACGCGAAUAUUCCGCUAAUGCAGUCGGUAAUGAGAAACAGAAAAUUGCUUGCACAAACUGCAGCUCCCCUCUCAUCCCCGUGAACCCGGGCGUACGCGGACAGACGGCGGGGGUGGUACGCGCGCCAGUGUUCACCUUCGGCCUGAUUUCAACUUGACGCGUUUUCUCCGUGUUUUCGGCUUAUCCCGGAAUCAUCGCACGCGCUCCUCCAUUGGAAUUUUCAACGGGGCGUCGGAAAAUUAAUUUGACUCGGCGAUGCGACGAGGGGAGGAAACGCUGAUCGAGGGGGGGAACGGUUUGUAAACCGUAAUCGAAUUUAAAGCGCGGAUAACGAGAGAGUAAAACCGGGGCCGGGUGUAAUAUUCUUACGCGUUUAUUUUCGGGGUCGACCACCGCUUUGACGCUUGGUCGACAAACGUGUCCCCACUGCGAACGAAAAGUUUAAUCGCGGUGAGAAAGGAAGAAAAAAGACGGCCCAGGUUUCUCGGUGGAAUCUAUGAAUGAACUGACUGGAUUGAAUUAGUCGAGGAGAAGGAACGACGCCGGGCAAAAACACUACGGGAUGUCGGGGGUGGAAUCUAGGGGGAGAAAGGCAACGUCACAGUCAGAGGCAGGACACGUUUACGCGGCCUGGAUGGCGGUUAACGAUUUUAUGGAAACCCGUCUAAUGGGAUUAUCGGAUUACUUUCGCGUCGGUACCGGUGCUCCACCGCAGUUUAUUAUUCCCACACGGUGGAUUAUACGCUCGUUCUUGAAUCUUCUUCGUCCUAUAAAGCCGCCGACCUGGUGGCGGCGUGUCUUUCGCGCGGAAUGUCGGCCAUAUUCGCAGACAUUUGCAGCAGCGCGAAACGGUUGCUGCGGUUGAAACUCGCGGGCGAAAUUAGCACAGACUUCGAACAGGUUUCGCCCACGUAAUCCACCGAGAAACCUAGUUGGAUAGGCGACGGUUAAUCCAAAACAUCCAAAGUUUACCGAAGCACCGUGACUUACCCGCGGUUUUCCAUCAUCUUUCGCGAUAGUCGUUCGACACGCGGCGAUUUUGAUUAAUGGCGAGUUAACGAACUGUUCGACAUGCAAUCUCGAGCGUGUCUCUUUGUACGGUUCGGCAUUCAAUUCGGCAGAGUUCUAGCCCCUCUUAUCGUUUGUUAGAGCAAUAGGCGAACCUUAAUGAUACCGCGUGACGCAUCCGGGCCGAUUCGAAACCGUCGCUGAAAGAUUAGAAAAGCAUCGCGUGCCAUAUGGGGAUGGAGCGUGCAACCCUACUCGAAGCUUCUCUCCGCGUACGCUCCAGCGAACCGAGGACGUUUUCAAUCAAGGGACAAUCAUCCCUCGACGAGCAAUCGAACCUUUUUAUCGAAUCAUCGCCGGCCCGUCGUUUCCCUCCUUCAAACGAAACGUCAGCGGCCGAUCAUCGAACAACGACGAGAAUAUACUUUUUCGCGGCGAGGGUACAUAUGGAGCAAUAUGAGAGCAGCUGUGUGUCUGUGUAUGUGUGUGUGUGUGUGCGCGCGCAUGUGCGUGCGUGCGUGCGUGUGCGUGUGCGUUGUACGCGAGAACCAGAGUGGGAGAGAAAGAGAUCGAGAGCAAGAGAAUUGGAGAGCGAAGACCGAGUGAACUGUAAAGUCCGAGGAUACACAGAGGAAUACUUAGACGAAGGAGGCAAUAUUUUAUAAUACAGACAAGAGCAUCUCUGCCUGAGAAUCUCCAAUACUUUGUUACUUUAAUUUUCAAUAAAUAAUGAUUAUCGGUGUUACAACAACGUCAGCGUACACAAUCAAUCCUUUGAACUCCACACGCGUAUCACCUCGCGCGCAAUCCAGUCUGUCACAUUCGGCAGAAAUUUCCUUUCUAUCGUUCUUCGUCGAAAGUGUUCGCCCUCGUGCGAGGAAGCUGCGAUCGAGCACAACCAACGCCGAAGGCCCUUGUUAUGCUACGUUUGCGCACACCUCAGACUACGCAUGUAUAUAUGAGACAUGCAUAUAUAUAUAUAUGUACGUAUAUGUGUGAUCAUAUAUCAUAAUUUUUGGUCUCGUGGGAAGUGCCGGGUGCGCGACGCGUUGCGCGUUUAACGGACGAUGGAACCGCGGGGCAAUGACGAGACGAAAAAGAAAAAUAUGUAUCCCGAUUCGAUUUUAAAUUAGAGGAUUGAUCCUUGCUUGAUCGACGACCCGGGGGACGGUAGGUGCGUCGCCGACGUUUCAAAAUGUGUGCGUUGUAUCUCGAAUUUGCAUUUAAAUUUCCGUUCAAGUUCGAAGGUCCAAGUUUCGUUUGAAAUUUUUUUUUUUUUUCUUUCUUUCCUUUCUCUUCUUUUUCACAAGUAACCAGAAAUUUGCAAAAUUGCUGAACCUUGUGGAUCUUCUCGAUCAAUCGGAUGAAAAAUCAUACGCGUGACGUAGUUUAAAGACGAAAGAACGAGCGAGUCGCGCGAUCACUCUAGCGGAAUGUGAUUCAUGAACCGUUCGUUUCUUCGCACCAGGUCACGGUCAACAGCCAAUGAAAAAGACGCUUCUCCUUAUUUAGCGGGGCCAAGCGAUCGAGGACAUAACGUCGUCGAUGGUUUCGCGCCCGCGGUCGAACGAAUGAUUUUCCAACAUAUCGCGUAAAAGUAACACACAGCUUCCGAGAAAAAUAUACGUCGCUGGAACGGUUAAUAAAAUGUCGAUUCUCUGGGUGACACGUGUCGGGUAUGAUCGAGGAUAAAAGCUGCCAGCAGAACGGACGAACCGAAUCGAUAAAGCGACAGCGGCAAUUCGCGAACGUUCACCUGUACAAUCAGCGUUUCUGUUAUUUGUUUAUUACGAUUUUCCCCCACGCCGAAACAGCAAACUUCCGUUCGCGUUGUCGACUUGACGUAACAUACGUACAUACGUAUGGCACGUCCAGCGCAAAACAAAGAGUUACGUAAAUUCAUGCUCGACUGUCUGUUUAUCGUUAACCGCGCUGAUGUGACUAGUUUCGGUGAAAAAAAAACUCCGUGAUUUUAUGAAAUCGGAAAUGAUCUUGGCGUGCCUUGUUGAAACGUGUCGACACUGAAACUGUCGACAUUAUCGCAGCACUUUGACCGGCAUUCGUCGUCGGCUCGAGAUCGUUUGAUCGACCAGAGUUAAUUAAGAAGAUUGACCGCCUCGCGAGCAUUUUUCAUCCGAUUGGCUAAUGUCGCAAAUUUCGUACUUAUCGCAGUUUCGCUUGCGCGGAACGAGCGCGAUUCAUCGAAGACCAUAAACUAUCGAUCAUUAGCCGCAGCGAGGUUUAAUCGCGUCGAACGAUUCAAUUUGACGAGUCGAGCGUGGAAUAGACGGGAUCGGGGCCGCAGUCGAUCGGAAUCUAGUUUCGACCACCCUCCUCGAUUUCGACUUUCGCAGCGCAGCGUCCGUUGCGAAUUGUGCAAUCACGUCGAAUCAACGGAGCGGCACGGCCCGAUGUAAUCGAGCACGAUCGUUAAAGAUCGUCACGCGAUCCCGGCCCGCUCGCGUGAUAAUUUGCGGAACAACCAGCCGCGUGAUCGACGUCGAAAGAAAACAGGAUGUGGACAAGCGAGAAAUCGAAAUUCGCGAUCGCUGUUUCUGUAUCUAUCCGAGAUCUGUUCGUGAAAUUCACUUGUGAACGCGGAUCGUGCUCCGAUCGUCCCCAGCGUCGUUCCGCAGAAAAAAAAAGUAAUUAAGUUAAAUAAAAUAAUCGAUAAGGAGGAAGAU